AUUCGUUGAACUCAAUUGGUUCCAAGCAUUGCGCAUGUUCAUUAAUAUACAGCGUGAUAUUCAUAACUUUCACCUCUCGUUUGCCAAUCUACGCCAAAGUUGGAAUCUGUUCCGAAAAUAUCCGCUCUAUGUGCAACAGCCAGAAUUUCCAGAGCCGCCUGAAAUCACCACCUUCACAGUCAUUCCGAAGUGCACAUUCCAGCGCCGACACGUGAAAAUUGAUACGGAUUCAUUGUACAACAUUUUAUUGGGCAUCAAGGCAAUGCCGCGAACAAAAGGCACUCGAGUCUUACGAAAUGGCGAAUACCAACAGCGCUGGAUCUCACAGACUGAAUUCAAGGAGAGAGGAGGCUGGCGUUUGUUUUUCAACAUGGACGAAAUUAUCAAGCUGGUCAAGAAUAAGAAGGAAUUCGGCGAUUCGAUAGUUUCAGAUGGUGUGUCAGCGUCGGUGUUAUUCAAAUUGCCGAAACAGAGCAAAACUGUUGCUGAUGAAGAUGAGGCCGAAACCAAACGAAAAUAUUUCGCAGGCGAAUUCGCGUAUGCAUUGGGAAUUGAUCCAGGCAUGCGAACUUUUAUUGCGUCGGUCCGCCUCGAUCUAAAGACCGGCGAAGAGACCAACGAGAAGAUUUCGUUCAAACAAUACCAUCUGAAAUCGAAACAAGAUGCGCGCAACAUUAAAGCCGAACGAAUGACACGAGUCUUCACGUAUGACGAACAAGCGGACCUCAAACGUAUCGCCGCAGAGAUUGGCCAGACACCAUCGCCACGGAACAUCUCUUGGCGCCAUUACAUCGAACAUCGCCUGCGAAUGUCCCAAGAUGGUAUCGCGGCAUACAGUCAGAAAAACUAUGCACGCUUACGUUUGGACAAACACAUUGAAUGGCGUCGUGCAAUUGAUCUCAUCGCCGGUAAGCUGGUACAUUUCAAGACAGCUAUCAUCAACAUCGGAGCAGCCGAAAUUUCACCAAAUUGCCCGAUCCGAAUCAAAAAGUACGUCCAGGCGUUCGCAAGCUGAUUGCAGCCUUCAAAAGACGUGGCAAUUGUGUCGUUCGGUUGGUGGAUGAAUACAUGACAUCGCAACAUUGUGCCCGAUGCUUCAAACGGUUCCCGAUAUGGACGAAGAGCAAACGAUACAAGAAGUGCAACGAUUGCCAUCCAGAUGAACGUGUUGGACUUCCGAGAACCAUCUAUACGAACGUCAGCAAACGAGUGUUGCAAAUGCAACGGAAAAUCAUGCGUCAUUGGGAGGAAAUGCGCGACCAAGGUGAUGCUAUUGCAGCCAUUCUAACCCAACGAAAUUCAGGACGUUUGGUGUCAAAGAAGCAACGCUUCUUCAAAACCUGGCAACCAAAUGCUGCUGAAAACGCUGGAACAGAAGACGCUGCACAAUCACGCAAGUUGCUCAAAUCACUUUGGCAUCGGGACAUAUCAGCAGCCAAACUGAUCAUGUACAAAGGUCUUUGCACGCUGCUUGACAUUCCGAUACAUCCAGCAUUGCUGCGACGACCAGAUGACGACGGCGUUCCACUCAAUCCAUAAAUCAAAAUCCAGCGUUUAGCAUUAAAGUUUUUUUUAACAAAUAUUUU